GGGCUUUCCACGAGGCUCACCUGAGCACAAGCAGUUUUGCAGGCAUGAGAAAUCACAGUGAGAGCAACGCUUUUUCACCAUAUGUUAAUGUGAAGAGUGAACAGUAAAUGGUUAAUCUUACUGCGAUCUGGUUCUUAUUAACUGUGGUUUAUCCGGACGUUAAAUUCGGCGUUUCGUUACACCCGAAGGAGAACGUGACAGUGAAAAAGCGGCAUUAUCAGGUGUUUCAAGUGCUGCAAUGUCAGCUCAAUCCAGCAUCAAGUCGACGCCGCCCAGCGACAAGGGCAGUAAACCGACAUCAAGUAAGCCCACCCGGGCGUUAUCAGGUGUUCCAAGUGCUGCAAUGUCAGCUCGAUCCGGGAUCAAGUCGAUGGCGCCCAGCGACAAGGGCAGUAGAACGACAUCAAGUAAGUCCGCACAGGCAAGAGCCAAGGCAGAAGCCGCCAAGGUGCGACUGCAUUACGCCAGACAAGAAGCAGUUUUGAAAAUGAAACUGGCCACCAGAGAAGCCGAAAUCCAGAAAGAAAAGGCUGCCAGAGAAGCCGAAAUCCAGAAAGAAAGGGCCGCCAGACAAAGAGAAGAGGCUGCCAGAGAAGCCGAAAUCCAAAGAGAAGAGGCUGCCAGAGAAGCCGAAAUCCAGAAAGAAAGGGCCGCCAGAGAAGCCGAAAUCCAGAAAGAAAGGGCCGCCCGAGAAGCCGAAAUCCAGUUGGAAAUGGCAAAAAUAUCGACAGAGUUGCAAGUGCUGCAGCUAGAAAGAGAAGAAGCUGCUGCCAUGGCGGAAGCAAAGUACAUAGAAGAAGCUGAAGGGUCGCGUGAUCUGACCGCAGCAAGAUCUACUUUAGAAAGGACCAGACUGGAACGCACAAGCGACUAUGUACAAUCUCAAAUAGACAGGCAGGCUCGUCUCCCCUCUCCAUACGUAUUCGAUAACUUCCCCAGCUACGAGGAACCUCAGAGAGUCACGAUUGCAUCACAUCCAUACGAGGAAGGAAAUUUACCCUCACGGCUCCGUGAUGAAGUCAAGAAUGAAAGAACCGACAACGCUCCUUCACCCCCACAACAGGACGGCGGGGAGGGAGAGGUUCACUCCAGGACAACAAUUGUCAGCUCGAACUGUACAGAAGUUUGCGGUCAAACUCAGUCAAGCCGUUCUUGUUCCGAGAUCUGCCUCACUGAGGUGUACCCUAAAGAAGCACAACAAGACAUUACCAAGCGUAAAGUAACCGACGAGACGCUAGGUCAGUCAGUUUUCGUUCAAACCGAGCACGGAAACAAACUUGCACAAUCAGCUCAAGAUACCAUUUCUUUAAAAACCAAAGACACCAAGAUUAGGACAGAUGGAAGACUAUGA